CCCGCCGGCCGGCCCGCGGCGUGGGCGGCCGCCGCGCCCAUGCUGCUGCCCCUGGCCUGCCUGCACGGGCGCGUGGCGCAGUGCCUGACCUCGCUCCUGCUGCCGCCGGAGCCCCUCCCCAGGCCCCGGCGCGGCGCGAGGGCGCGCGGCGCGGCGCCGACACGCGCUGAGGCCGCCCCUGCGGCGCCGCCGGGGAAGAUGGCCGCGGAGCUCUACCCCCUCGCCCACGCCGCGGCCGCCGCGGCCACGGACAUCGCCAACAGCAACGCCGCGGCCGCGCACGCCGCCAGCGCGGCGAGCAGGAAGGGCGGCCCGCCCUGCGCCCCGGCCCCGCCGCCCGCGCCCGCGCCGAUGCCGCCCGCCCUCAACAACAACCACCUGGAGGGCCCCAACUGGCAGUCCUGCCACCCCACCCUGCGCGAGAGGAACGCUCUGAUGUUCAACAACGAGCUCAUGGCCGACGUCCACUUCAUCGUAGGGCCUCUGGGGGCGGCCAGGAGGGUGCCCGCCCACAAGUACGUCCUGGCUGUCGGCAGCUCUGUCUUCUAUGCCAUGUUUUACGGAGAUCUUGCAGAAGUCAAGUCGGAAAUCCACAUACCUGAUGUGGAGCCUGCAGCUUUUCUGAUCUUGUUAAGGUACAUGUACAGUGAUGAGAUCGAUCUGGAAGCUGACACGGUGCUGGCCACUCUCUAUGCUGCCAAGAAGUAUAUCGUUCCUGCACUGGCCAAAGCGUGUGUCAACUUCUUGGAGACAAGCCUGGAAGCCAAGAACGCCUGCGUCCUGCUCUCCCAGAGCCGCCUGUUUGAGGAGCCUGAGCUGACGCAGCGCUGCUGGGAGGUCAUUGACGCACAGGCCGAGAUGGCCCUGCGGUCAGAAGGCUUCUGCGAGGUCGACCGGCACACACUGGAGAUCAUUGUGACGCGGGAGGCCCUCAACACCAAGGAGGCAGUGGUCUUCGAGGCCGUGCUGAACUGGGCUGAAGCAGAGUGCAAGAGGCAGGGCCUACCAGUCACCCCGCGGAACAAAAGACACGUUUUGGGGCGAGCCCUCUACCUGGUUCGAAUUCCAACCAUGACCCUGGAGGAGUUCGCCAACGGCGCCGCCCAGUCGGACAUCCUGACGCUGGCGGAGACUCACAACAUCUUCCUGUGGUACACGGCCGCCAAGAAGCCCCACCUGGAGUUCCCCCUGACCAAGAGGAAGGGCCUGGCCCCACAGAGGUGCCACCGCUUCCAGUCCUCCGCCUACCGCAGCAACCAGUGGCGGUACCGGGGGCGCUGCGACAGCAUCCAGUUCGCUGUGGACAGGAGGGUAUUUGUCGCAGGCCUGGGCUUGUAUGGGUCCAGCUCAGGGAAGGCCGAGUACAGCGUGAAGAUCGAGCUGAAGCGCCUUGGGGUCAUCCUGGCCCAGAACCUGACCAAGUUCAUCUCUGACGGAUCCAGCAAUACCUUCUCUGUCUGGUUCGAACACCCAGUCCAAAUUGAGCAAGACACCUUCUACACGGUCAGUGCCGUUCUAGAUGGCAGUGAGCUCAGCUACUUUGGGCAGGAGGGCAUGACAGAAGUGCAGUGUGGGAAGGUGACCUUCCAGUUCCAGUGCUCCUCAGACAGCACCAACGGCACAGGGGUCCAGGGUGGCCAGAUCCCCGAGCUCAUCUUUUACGCCUGAGACGCCUGCUGGGACACUGGCCAGCACUGACUGCCCUGACAGCAGGCCUGGGGGUGGUACCGCCUGACCCUCCUCUCAGGCGGGUUACCUGGCGGCUCUGUGCUUUGAUGCCGUAUUUACCCCUCAAGCUGACCAGCCUAGGACAACAUUAAGGUUUCAAUUACUUCAUCUCUCUUUUGUACGUAGACAGCUGUAGCCUGACUCUGUCAGAUAGAAACCUUUUCUACCUGGCAGGGACAUGCCCAGUUUCUGAGUCUUUGCGGCUGGGCCUCACAGGUGUCUGCUGGACAGUGGGAUGCAUGUCUUAGGCAGGGGGCAGACCCUGGUGCCCCCCCCCCCCCCCCGCCCGCCCCGGAGUGCCCACACCACCUGCUUUGAGGGCCCUGCCAUUCCCCUGCUCUCCUGAAUUUUAAGUGAUUCUAAGCUUCACCUGAGACCUUCCCCUCCAAUGCAUAAUGGGGGUGGGGUGCAGGAACCGCUUAAAACAGCUCAUCUAUUUAAGUGGGUUUUCAUAAUAAAGUCUUAAUAAAAUAAUGGUCAGAUACAGACAUGUGACUGUAAGGACUCUUAACGCUGGGAUGUUCCGCUGCUCGUACAACCACGAUGACAAAAACUCCCAGCACUAGAGAAAACCCAACUUUUAAACACUGCAAGGGACCCAAAAGCAAAGUACUUCCCAGGGAAGCCCACCAGCUCCCUUGGGCCAUCCCACCCACCUGCCUCUCUGGGUCUGGCUAGAAUGUUCUGAAACAGGUGGUAGGUUGUCUGGCAGCUCAGUAAACCCUGAAGGGAGGACCGUAUUGCUUAUGCAGGGGUGUGGCCACGAAAGCCCACCCAGGGGCCUGCUGAGGGGGCCCUGCCUAAUAAGGGACCCUGUCUUCCUGUGGCAAUCGGGCCGCACUCCCAAGGCCAGCCCGCCCUGGUCCUACAUGCUAGGGGCAACACUUCACGUCAACACACACUUGUAGUUUUGGUGCUGAUGGCAAAGUAAGCAGCCUCUCCUUGAAGCAGGUUGCGGAGCCUACCUCCUUGUGUUGGUAAGGCUCAAAUGAAGGGUGUGCUCAGGGAGCGUUGCGUUUCAGGACCCCUCUCCCCCUCUGCGUCUCUGCCCAGGAGGACCGUCCUUCCCCGAGCCCCUGCCUGCCAGGUGGGUUCUGAAGAGCUAUGAAUGAGCGAGAAGUGGGCCUUGCAGUGCCCACCCCUCAACCACACCAUGUUCGGCCUUGAGGGACACGGCGCCCCAACUGCGCCGUCUUGCUGGGCUCUUGACAGAUUUUUGGGAGACGUCUCUUACCUUGGGGAGCCCUGUGUGUUCCGGGCCUUUUCUCCUGCUCCUGAGAGAACACUUGGCUCUCUGGUCCCUAACUUGGCCCCCUGUGCUCUCCUCGCCAACCCGGGCACGUACCUAUGGCUGGUGCGUUGAUGCACAGUUCUCUUGCCAGAAGAAGGAACGUCUUCCCCAGCACAUAAACGUUCACCUGUGAUGAAGAAACAGCCAAACAUGGCACUCGUGUUUGAAGAAACGUGUGGUCUUUUCUCCCCCAGGCGGCAGUCUUGGACUCUGCUCGACACUCUUGCCUCUGAUUUGCUUGCCAAGGAGAAAAGUGCUUGUAGAGUGUGAGUUCAGAAUUGCACACGCCGGCUCCACCCUCGGGCCCACCACUCUGCCACCUCCCACGUUCCCAGGGUCUCUGGGAGCCCAGCCUCAGCCACUCCUGGGGCCCCAAUCAGGGGUCCCCAUGGCUUAGAUUUGUUGUGAUUUUCCACACAAAUCUCAAGAGUGCUCUGCUGCCUCCCACCUCGAGGCCAAACCCAGAAACCCCUCCGCCACAGGUGCACUCCCACAACCUGGGACGGGUGCCUGCUGCAGGGGAGCGCCCUCUGCCUCGCGCAGGAUGGCUGAGGCGUGUGGCUGGAGGUCCCCAGUGCCUGCUGAGCCCCUGCUGUGGAUGGGCACCAUCCCAAGGUCAGAAGGCCCAGGCGCUGGGGGCAUGACCCCGACCCCAGCAGCUGGGGUGGGACCUUCAACAGACCUGUGCUGACCAGACGGUGGGGGGAGGUGCUGCCAAGCACUGUCCUGAAGGACCAGCCAGGGCACAGUGUGAACAGGGAAAGGGUGGGAAAGCACAAUUCCCUGCCCCAGCCUGAGCUCGGGGAAGCCCUCCUCUCUUCCUCAGUGGGCCUGGCUGGCCCCAACCCCGAGGGCUGCUCUGCUUUUCUCCCGGGAUCUGAGGCCUCCCAGUGGAGCUGGCCCUGAUCCCUGCUUCACCUGACAAGGGCCAAGGCCCAGGCCCAGCACAUCUAAAGAACGUGGGGGUUCGGGUCCCCAGGCACCCCAGUGGCACCCCAGGGGGCACCCAGAGCUGCCUGCCAACUCCAAGGGACUUGGGUGCCCAGGACUGGGCAUGAUGGCUCGGGCGCCAUCCACUGGGCCCCCCACCUCCGGCAGGCAUGGCUACUCCACAUUGCUCUCCCCACCCCCGCCAUACGGCUGGGGCUCUGGGAGCUGCCUGAGGGUGUCCGGGGAGCCCCAGGGGAGCCGAGUGGUGUGCACCUUUCCCAGAGCACAGUGACGCUUGUGCUGGAUCCUCCUGGCUCCUGGACACUGAGCAAGAGCGGACACACCUGCUGCAUCCCUAGCUCUGACCUCGGCCUGACCAUGUCAGACUGCGCUGCCCUGAAUGUCGCAGGGAUGGACUCUAAGCACAUGUGAAGUAAAAAGUUAAAUAAAUCU